AUGACAUCAAUUUAUACCGAUUGUCCUCUGCAGCCAUUGAUAGACCACAACAGAUGUGGGCAAAAUAGCUGCCCGUCAAACGUCAAACGCGGUAUGCAAUGCCACACCUGCAAGGCCUGGUGGCAUUUCAAAUGCACGGAUUGCACACGAAUAAUUGUUGAAUUUUAUUACUCCAACAAACAAUUUGGGAAAUAA